UGAUAACCUGACCACUGAAGGAAGAGAACACACAACUGCUUCAUCAUGAAUUUUGUAAUGAAAGCUGCGAUGGGAGGAGGUCCUCCUGAUGUGGGCAAGAUGCUGGGUGGGGAGGAGAAGGAGGAGGACCCCGACGCAGCCAAGAAAGAGGAGGAAAGACAGGAGGCGCUGAGGCAGCAGGAGGAGGAGAGGAAGGGCAAAUAUGCCAAGAUGGAGGCUGAGAGGGAAAGCAUGAGGCAAGGCAUCAGAGACAAGUAUGGCUUGAAAAAGCGCGAGGAGGCCGAGGCCGAGGCAGCAGCCGCUGCAGAGGAGCCUGCAGAGGGCAGCUUGACUCGACCUAAGAAGCUCGUGCCGGCCGGCUGCGGCGACGAGGAGGAGGAGGAGAGCAUCAUGGACACAGUGAUGAAAUACCUGCCAGGCCCGCUGCAAGACAUGCUGAAGAAGUAGAAUAGCUUGUUAGCUAAUGCUAACGUUAUCUAGCUUAGUUCAAAGGCUACAUUCACAAAGUUGGCUUAGAUCUCCAAGGUUGUUUUUUUCCCCACCCACAUGACAGAUGUGAACAUUGCUUUGUAAGUAAUGUUUCAUAACAGGAAGUUUAAUCUGGCGUGUUGUUUUGGUGUUUGAACCAGUUUUAUGGGGGGGGGAUGAAUCAGAUGUGAAGCAGCAGUGUGAAUGGCAGCCAUUAGACUAAGCUAGGCCAACCCAACGGCCAGGUGAACGUUAGCUAUGUUACACUAAUGGCGCUAACAGCAAGCAGAGGGGCUAAAAACACAAUGUUAGAUGGUUUAGCCUUCUAGUCCGAUACCUUUUAAACUCCCUUUUCUCUCUUCUGCAGAGCUCUUUCGCAGCACUGAAAAAUAAUCCCCUUUGUCCACCACGCUGUUCACUCAAUUUGUACAUAAAUAAAUUAAUACAUUACAAGCCUGAAGGUGGGCAAACAAUCAUAAUAAUAGUAUAUGAAAUUAUUAUAUUAACUGUGUGUCUGUCUCUAAAGUAAAAAAAAAAAAGAUGUGAUAACUUGAUAAGCCAUAUUUUAAAAAGGAAAUUUAAAACUACUGUUGUGUGCUCCUAAAGCUACUGUUUUGUGUUGGACCAUGUCUAAAACUUAUGUAAAACUUUUUGCACACAGUGUUACACAUGUCUGUCAGAUCUAUUGUCUAUCUCCCCUACACAUAAGUGUAAUAACAUUCAUGUAGUGUUGUGUUUAAAAAAAAAAAGUUUGUAUUCCCCUUGUUCAGUGCGUCUUGCAUGCCAUUUGUCUCGACACGUUUGUUGUGUGAAUAUCUACAAACUCAAUCCUCCCCGCCCCCUUUUAUCCUCUUCUUUGUCAUGCAAAAAAUAUUAAGGCAAUAACUCCUAAGUUUGAGUGUGUUUUCACUUCCAUGCAGAUAUAAUCGUUAAUAAUAUCAGUAAUGAAAAAAAAAUGAUAUGUAAGCAUUCAGGAAAUUUCAUUUACAGGUUUGCAGGGUUUUCUUUUUAGUUGUCGUAUUGUUUUUUGAUGAAGAAUGACCGUGUAGCCGUCCAUACAACAGCCAAAACCUUAAGCUUUCAGCCAUAAAACCAGAACUUACAAUAUAUAUAUACUAUUACUAUCAGGAUCUACAACAGAGAGAGAACACUGAAUGAAUCUGUAUGAAUAAAGAGGAAACAUGAGUUUUGUAAUAAGCAGUGUAAACUUCAAGGUGGACUACAAGUCUGGAUUUUGCAUCAUGUGAAGAAAGACACCACCCUCUCUCAAUACUCACACACACACACACACACACACAUACACACUUGAGCUUGGUUACUGGCUCAGUUACACAGAACAACCGGACAGGAAGUGAUGCUUGAUUGAGUUCUUAUUGUUGGUUUAAAAGUGAGAAUGAGCCGCUGAGCACGGCCUGGAAUGCCAUUGAGCAAUAAAGGAUUAUCAUGUAUGUUUCUGCCUGAGAUUCAAUAAAAACUUAAAACCUUGUUCACA